GAUGUCAGUACUGAGGACAAUAGCCAUUUUCCUUUGCGGAUUGACGCUUCAGCAGUGUGCGGCUCAGAUGGUGUUUCCGGGCUCGUGUCCUGACGUAGCCGCUAUGGAGAAUUUUAAUGCUAAUCGGUAUUUGGGUAAAUGGUACGAGAUCGAGAAGUACUUCGCAGCGUUCGAGCUCGGGGGCAAAUGUAUCACUGCCGAGUACGGUCUGAAAGACAACGGCGUUAUUAGUGUCGUUAACAAACAAUUAAGUUCUUUUACCGGAAUGAAGUCUCAGAUAGAAGGCGAAGCGAUUCAAGUGAGCCGCUCCGAUGAAGGCAAGCUAGCCGUCCGGUUCCCGUCUUUGCCGGUCAACAUUGCCGCGCCCUAUUGGGUCGCUGACACCGACUACGACAACUACUCCCUCGUCUGGAGCUGCUACGAAUUUGGCGUAUUUCAUACAAGGAAUGCGUGGAUUUUAACAAGACAACGAGACCCACCUAUGGAGAUUUUGGAAAAGGCAUAUGCAGCUGCUGACAAGAAUAAUAUCAACAGAGCUUACUUCCUCAAAACAGACCAAAAGGACUGCCCCGAGGAUGACUAAUAAAAUUAACUAUUAAACUUUAUCUAAAAUAAGGAUCCUUCGAAUUUAUAA